CUUAUGCCGACUCACUGAGCGAGUGGGAAGAAAUUAGGAAAUUCUAUAAUUUAUCAGGUGGCUUUGUUUCAGUAGUUUUCUCCUCUCAAAUCGCACAAGAAGAGAAAGAACUCGAGAUCCUCUUCGCUACUUUCAGUACCAAACCAAUGGCUGCGAUCUUAGCUCGCAAGUCUCUCGCUGCACUCACUGCUCGUCAGCUUGCUGUGUCUGGACAACUGUUGCAGGGUUCCAACCAAUAUGCACUACGUUCUAGUGCACAUUUGUAUUCCACCAGAAAAGAGGAUGAAGAAAGAGAGCAGCUCUCGAGGGAGAUGUCCAAGGAUUGGAGUUCUAUCUUUGAGCGAAGCAUAAACACAUUGUUCCUCACGGAAAUGGUUCGCGGUUUGAGUUUAACCCUCAAGUACUUCUUUGAGAAAAAAGUUACUAUCAAUUACCCAUUUGAGAAGGGUCCUUUGAGCCCCCGUUUUCGUGGUGAGCAUGCCCUGCGACGAUAUCCAACUGGAGAGGAACGUUGCAUUGCCUGCAAACUUUGUGAAGCUAUAUGUCCUGCACAAGCCAUCACAAUUGAAGCCGAAGAACGUGAAGAUGGAAGCCGUAGGACAACUCGGUAUGAUAUCGACAUGACAAAGUGCAUCUAUUGUGGAUUCUGUCAAGAAGCAUGCCCUGUCGAUGCAAUUGUUGAGGGACCAAACUUUGAAUUUGCCACAGAGACUCAUGAGGAGCUUCUGUAUGACAAAGAAAAGUUACUUGAGAAUGGGGAUCGUUGGGAAACGGAGAUUGCGGAGAACCUGAGAUCUGAGAGCCUCUACCGCUGAUGUUUCUUCAGAGUUAAUACCAAAUUUUUCACUUGAAAAAUAAAAGAUCUGUGCAUGGGUCUUGGAAUAUUUGUUUUAGAGGUUUUGCGAUUUCGCAAUGUUUCUUGUGAAUUUGCUGUUCCUGCUACAUGUUGAAACGAGAAGUGAUGAUUAUAAAUCUCAAAAUACAUGGAUCAAUGUUUCCAUUUGUAGAAUUUCUAGUUUGAUGACAAUGAUCAUGUAGCAGCAGAACUUAUUUGGAACUGAUUACAGUUGUAACUGGGGCUCUUGGAAGCUUACGGCUGAUUAGAAUGUUUGUUGGAAUUUUUGGCACAUUGGAAUGUAAAAGAUGCCUUCUGUCAAUCUAAAGGCCGUUCUUAUCAACUUUAAGACGUUGGAAAACCAAUGGUUAUGAAAACAAUAGUGAUUUGAAAA